UUUACAAAUUUCCAGGGAUAAACCGUAUUCAACUCAGUUCUUUCCUACUUUUAAGCUUUAAUUGCACGCUAAUAUUUACUUCGCCAGUAUUAUUGCCCUCUUAUCAUUUCUUCAUCCCGAAACGCCCCUUUCUCCCAUGAACGAUUCCGCUCCCGCCCCUCUUUGACCCAGAUGGUUUAGUUUUAAUUUCUGUUUUUUCCGAAAUUGUUGAUAAUUUCAGAUCUGAAGUUUAAUUUUGUUUUCUACAAAGAUUCAUUAUAUUAAAAGAAAAUUGAUAGAUGUCGGCUUCUUCACCAUACUGGUGUUACAGAUGCGACCGAUUCGUUACCGUUUGGACCCAAGAUUCCUUCACUUGCCCCGAUUGUAAUGGUGGGUUCGUGGAAGAAAUCGACACUCCUGACCGGCGCCGCCGUUUCCCCGCCGCCUCCAUGUACAUGGCGCAAACACCGGAGUCAAGUCCCGGAUUGGGGUCCGGAUCCAGCUCGAGGCUCAGAAGGAGCCGCAGGAAUGGGGGUAACCGGUCACCCUUUAACCCGGUCAUCGUGCUCCGUGGGCCGAACGAGGGAGGAGGUGGAGCGGCGGCUGGAGGAUUUGAACUGUAUUACGACGAUGGAGCAGGAAUAGGUUUGCAGCCGCUGCCUACUAGUAUGUCUGAGUUUUUGCUCGGAUCGGGUUUUGACAGAUUGCUAGACCAAUUGGCCCAAAUUGAGGCUAAUGGUGUCGGGCGAAUCAGUAUUAAUCCUCCAGCCUCGAAGGCCGCUAUCGAAUCGAUGCCCACAAUUGAGAUAGUUGAUGAGCAUAUUGCCACUGAGUCUCACUGUGCAGUUUGUAAGGAGGCUUUCGAGCUGCGAAGUGAGGCUCGAGAAAUGCCUUGCAAGCAUUUAUACCAUCAGGAUUGCAUCUUACCGUGGCUGUCGUUAAGGAAUUCGUGUCCAGUUUGCAGAUAUGAGUUGCCGACUGAUGGUAAUAACUAUGGUAUUAGCAAUAGUGACCCAAGUGAAGUGCAUCGAAGAGUAAACGAGGUGGGGAAUGGUGACGAAGCUGUUGGAUUGACGAUAUGGAGAUUGCCUGGUGGUGGGUUUGCUGUGGGCCGGUUUUCAGGAGGGAGGAGGGAUGGGGAGAGGCAGUCACCAGUGGUAUAUACUGAGAUGGAUGGUGGGUUUAAUAAUAAUGGUGUUCCAAGAAGGAUUUCAUGGGGCUCUAGAGGGAGUGUGUCACGGGAGAGGGGUGGAUUCAGGAGGAUUCUGCACAGCUUGUUUGCUUGUUUUGGCCGGGGUAGAUCAUCAACUUCUAAUUCUAACUUCGAUUAUUGAAUAAUUUGAAGGUGCGGCUUGUUUUCGUGAAGUGGAGGAUGAAGUUAUAAAGUUAAUGAUGGAAGUAGAAGAUGAUGGUAAACUUUGAAGCUUAAUUGGCUGCAGAGAAUCAAUAUCGGUGGAAGACUGUGUGAUACAUCGUGAUUAAAUGAAUAUAAAAUAGUCAAUAAUAUCUCUUGAGCUUUGUCUUCUGUUGAAGAAUUAUUGCUGCAGCAAUGUCUUGAUAGUGAAUGAGAUGGAUAUGGAACUUGAGAAAAAGAAUUGAAGAUGAAGAAGAGACAGAGCGACUAAUUCAUUAUGCGAGAAGCUGGUGUUGGUAUUAAUGGCUCCUGUGUACACCACACCACCGAAGUACUUUGAACUUUCAGCGCAUUUCUGCAAUUUAUAAUUUGCUUGACACCACUGUUAUUAUGGUUAGUUAUUUAUUUUCUGUAAUCUAUAUUAAAGUUUAGAGUAUGAGUUAAUGCUUUGUGUGACAUUUUUCGAUGGGCACAUCAUUUAUAUAUAAUUAUAUAUAUCCUACCUUGGAAGUUUAGUUUAGGCAUUGCCUCAUUGUUGUGAAAAAACAGAUUUUAUUCUUAUUCAAUUCUUUUAAUUAAAUGA